CCUUGGCCAGGAGCUUGAGAUGAAUCCAGAUGAUGAUGACACAAUUUUUAUGGCACUAACACUAAACCCGGAUGACAAAGACGGUGCACUGACACAUCCCCUCAUUCUCCCCAACAAAGUGGGCGUUCCUGUCGAUCCGCCAUUUUGUUAAACGGGGGCGUUGAUAAGGAGGGAAAGGUAGCUUCCCUUCUCUCGUUAUACAUUGACUCGUAAACCUGACGGCGGUAGUUGUCCAAGUCGCGGGGACUCGCGAGUCGUCAGGUAAAUCCCCAACCGGUGGGACCGCGUGCACAAUCUGUCGUACGGCCGAUCAGUCCCAACACGCGUUACAAACACAAUCACCACAUCACAUUUAUUCCACUCAUAACCCCCAACAGUUCAAUGACGACUGAUUGAAAAGUACGUGUGAUCGAUCCAUUCACCCAACAAUCGACUGUUGUUACUCUAUUAUUCUAUUCAAUUCGCCAGUUUUGUUUCACUCUGACCUCAUCGCUCCCCCUCUUCCCACUGUUGUGUUUACAUCCGAGUAUUCAUUGUCCCGUACAGUCGGCUUGUAAUUGUUGACUAAUUCGUCAGUGGUCGUGAGCAGUGGCAGUCGAACGUGCUGUGCGGACUAUCAAUGAAAUUGAUAUCAAUAUCGUUACGAUAAUAUCACCGAAUAAAAAAAAAACGUGAACAAAAUUCGAGUUCUGGCCUCAAGCAACUCGAUACAUUGUUCAAUUGGUUAUUACCAGAUGAGUGUUACUCAGUGAAUUGUGAGUGGAAAUAGUGGAUUGUAGGAAAAACUGGACGGUUCGGUGUUUUAGCAAGCCACGAUACUUAACCAACACGGUGAAUCUAAUUAGUCGACGUAGUCCGUGUACGAUUAACGUUAUCAAUAUUUUCAUUGGAUAUUUAUACGUGGGGCCUGAUAUUUGUUGAGAAUCGACACGGUUGAGGUGGUCAGUCCUGUAUUAGUGGUGAAAAUAAAAAAUUGUCAAACCAGUUGGUGAAUUAUGAAACAAUGAUCCAAGUAUCGGCUAUUGUACCGGUGAAGUCUGAUAGAUUUAUCGUAGCAAACACGUGCAAUCUGGUGUAAUGAGUCGAGACAAUUCAUGUUUGACACUUAUCAGUGGUACAUCAGUCGAGUUUUUUGGUAAUAUCGGUCAGAGUUGUGAUACAUCAGUGGAUAAUCAGAUGGACCUCAGCACGACAACUAGACGCCCGCCGGAUGGCGCCGUUGCUGAUCAAAUUGUUGCGCAGAAGACAUCGGUUAAUCAUCGAGUUGCCAAGAGUGUCUUCAGUAUAAGAAGUCUCGUGGAUGUCGAGGAUGCUGAUUUACCGGGUAACGACGAUGGGAAUCGAGGUUAUGAGAGUACUGGGCGAGGUAGCAGCGAGGCUGUCUCACAGACGAGCCCGGCAAGUAGUACAGGAAGUUUGGGAGUUAGUCAGCAGUCUCAACAGCAUCAUCAGCAGCAUACGAAUCAGGGACAAAUGGGGAUAUCGGCCACUGAGGAGAGCAGACACGAUGAUGAGGGGGUACAUCCACGUGCUGCACCAACCAGUCCUGAGAGUGAUGCUGAGGUCGACGAUUUUGCACCCAAGAGGAAGCAGAGGAGGUACAGAACGACCUUCACGAGUUUCCAACUUGAAGAACUUGAAAAAGCAUUUUCAAGGACACAUUAUCCGGAUGUGUUUACCAGGGAGGAACUCGCCAUGAAGAUCGGUCUUACCGAGGCUCGUAUCCAGGUGUGGUUUCAAAAUCGUCGGGCCAAAUGGCGGAAGCAGGAGAAGGUCGGUCCACAAGGUCACCCUUACAAUCCAUAUUUGGGUGGAGGUGGUCCACCACCAUCAGCAGUUGUAGCGCCAACUCUGCCAAAUCCAUUUGCCCAUUUGGGAUCGUUUGCCCUGCGCAAGCCCUUCGAGGCCUUCAGAUAUCCACCACUUGGUCACGGUCCAAUUCUGACUGGAGGCUAUCCCAAUCAUCCUUAUCACCGAGCACCACCUCCACUUCUGCCACCGGGGAUGCCACUGCCGUACACCUCAGCUGCAUCAUUUCAAACAUUAUUAGCCAACAUAUCAGCAGCCCAACGGCCAAAGAUUGUCCGCAAUUCACCACCGCCGCAGCCACCACCUCAGCCAAGCCUUUCAGCACCAGUGCCACCACCACCAGCACCUCCAUCCCCCGUUGUUGGCCAUCCACUACCUCCUGCAUCGUCGACCAACACGAGUUCACCAGCUGGCUCACCAACAGGCAGCAUAACAGCACUACCUGACAUCGACAGAAGGACAAAUAGCAUCGCCUCUCUGAGACUCAAAGCGCGUGAAUACGAACUUCAUCUUGAAAUGCUUCGAAAAAAUGGUGAUCUCAUAAGCUGAAGAAUCGUACCGACUUUACACUAUGUUUAACAUUCGAUAACGUGAAAUUUAAGAACAGCAAAUCUACUGAGAGGGCAAACUCGACUUCUAGGAUCAAAUGGAGGAGAUCAAUGUGGGGGAUUGCAUGCGAUUGGUCAACGAUGAGAAUUAAUAAUUUUUCGAGUUAUUCGGAAAGCAAUUGAUUCUUAUCAUGAGGACUUGUCGGUUCGCUGCAAUCGUCGAGAAAAAAUUGACAGAUUUUUCGAUAUCCUAGUGAAUUUUUCUCCCCUCAGUGUGGAUCAGGCUCCCAAUGAUCGACCAAAGACAGGCUCUUUGGAAUUCAUUUCUCAAAUUCGCGUGAUAAAUGAAUUUUUUUUACCUCUCACAACUAGGAGCUUGAAUCUCAAUUUGCUUGUCUUAUUUUUCCGAGUUUAUUAAUUCAGGGAGUUACACCGGGUUCCCUUGCCAUCGACGUGGAACAAGAUGACCACUUUAACAGUUCGACUAAUCGAUGAUAAUUAUCAGACGGUAUUUUAUCAUCGAUUCCUCGAAAUGUCGUCGCUUUCAAGUGGUUAUUGGUAAAUCGCGUCGUUGCAAAGGCAAUUCACUCAGCCUUAACGAACCAAGAGUGGCCGUUUUAGAUAUUUCAGAAAUAUCUAUUCAAGCCGGAUAUUUAUUGGUUUGUCUGUUACACAUUCUCAAUCCUUAAUUUUCGUAACUUAACUAUCCACCAUGACCCGAUCAUUGAGGAAACUAUUAAUGAUGGUUUAUCAUUGAUAAUUCUCGGGAGCGUUGCGUCAUGGCAGGCGAUAUCUGGGCCAAUGAAUGAAAUUUAAGUGUUGACGAUUGAAAGUUGAAUAUUUGUAACAUCCGGUUAGACGUUGAAUUCGUGAAUUGAUGUAAAUGUGUCGAUCUUAGCAGAGAUAUUUCUUAUAUAUUGAAUCUAUAUGUUUACGUAGCAUAUAUCACUUAUAUAUACGUUAUAAAUAUUUAUACUUAUUAUAUUAAACAUAUUAUAUUGUUAUUGAGGUUUUACAUAAGUGAGCGAGAGAAGUGGUGAUUGAGGAGUUGCCUGAACUUGUAAAUACCGAGCAUUCCGAGGGCCCAUUUUUCAAUGGCUCAAUUGCUAUCUUCUUAUUUUUAUGAACGUGUGUUUAACGGUUGCUAACACGCAACGGGCAACACAAACAAAUCCCAUUGUUGGAUAUCGAGGAUCGGCCGAUUCGAAAGAGGGAAACAAAAUUCCCUAUCUCAAUUACUUAGAAUAAGACCAGAAGAAAAAUCUCCCCUUUACCAGUCCAACAUUCUAAUUAGCUUGUUACUAUCAUUAUCAGUCUUCAAUUACCAUUCCUUCUUUCUUUGCGACGAAUAAAAGAUAUAUUGCCAAUAAAAAAAAAAUA